CGGGGCUGGGCCGCCUCGGCGGGGCAGUGCGGAGCGCCGGGGAUGCGGAGCGGCCGGGCCCCGGGCAGAUGAUGGCGAUACGCGAGCUGAAAGUGUGUCUGCUUGGAGAUACUGGGGUUGGGAAAUCGAGCAUCGUUUGUCGGUUUGUCCAGGACCACUUUGAUCAUAAUAUCAGUCCUACUAUUGGAGCAUCCUUCAUGACUAAAACUGUGCCAUGUGGGAAUGAGCUUCAUAAAUUUCUGAUCUGGGACACAGCUGGUCAGGAACGGUUUCAUUCCUUGGCUCCAAUGUACUACCGAGGUUCAGCAGCAGCCGUGAUAGUGUAUGAUAUCACCAAACAGGAUUCAUUUCAUACUUUGAAAAAAUGGGUGAAAGAGCUAAAAGAACAUGGUCCUGAAAACAUUGUAAUGGCCAUCGCUGGAAACAAAUGUGAUCUUUCUGAUAUCAGGGAGGUUCCUAUGAAGGAUGCCAAAGAAUAUGCAGAAUCUAUAGGUGCAAUUGUUGUUGAAACCAGUGCAAAGAAUGCUGUUAACAUUGAAGAGCUUUUUCAAGGAAUAAGUCAGCAAAUUCCACCCUUAGAUCCUCAUGAAAACAGUAACAAUGGAGCAAUCAAACUUGGAAGGCAGACUUCACAGACGGGUAGGCGGUGCUGCUGACCCAACUUGAUCUUUUUAGAUUUACUUGAAAAACAGCACCAUUUGCUUUUUUUUUUCACUGAGAAAGGACUUUGUGAUCUCAGUGACGUGGCUCCUUAUCUUGAAAGCAGUAAUUUCAAUACUUCCCAUGAGCAAUAACGCAAGGACCAGAAGCAGAAGGCUUUACUUCAAAGGGAUUUUGCAAAACUCAGUUGGAAAAUCCUCUCUAAUAUCCUGUCAAAAUUACAAUGUCUAAGUACUUCAAUUCUCUGUUUAAAGCAGUGACUGUUUUUUUUUUUAAUAAAAAAGAUCAGUUUUUAAAUAAAAUUUAGGUUUGCUGCAAAAACUUAUCUUCUUACAUUUGCAAAGUGGACGUGGCAUGUUUUUAGAGUUUUCUUUGUAAUAAUAGGGUGAAAAAAAUCCCAUAAACCCUGAAUUUUGGCUUACAGUUUCUCUGCCAUCUUUUUAGCUGGACUCUGCUUCACGAUUUUUCUAAAUCUGCAGCUUCCUCUCCUGAUGUUUCUGUAAACAUCAGCAAGAAGUGGACUGAAUUUGCUAACUGAAGAAAAAAAGGAUCCAAAUGAUGAGUGAAUGCAGUUUUUAUGGACUGGAAGUCAAAAUCUGUGUCAGGAAGUGCUGUGUAUGUAGAAGAAGGAGUUGUCAUGAAGGAAAGUGCUGGACCCCAUACAGUUCCAGUGUGCUCCAGAAAGAAGUGAAAAUGCAGCCACUAUGUAGAGUGGAAUGAUUCCCUCUGCAGAGUGUGGGUUUCAAUAGUUGCUGAAAAUGUAAAAAGAGCAUAAAUACAGGCUUAAUAUCCACUGCUUACCAGGGUUCCUCCAGAUCUGUGCCCCAGACCAAAGUUGUCUGUGUUCAAAGUUGUGUAUUCCUUGGUUUCUAAAAGAGGGUGCCACAGUGCCCCACUCCUUGUAGUCUCACUGCUCCAAGAGGUAUUUGAGUUCAAAGAACGAUGUUUCUGUACAAAAAAACUGCACAAGAGAGCACAAUAUUAUUUGGGGUUAGAGGCUGGAAUCUAAAAACAAAUGUGAAUGUUUGCUUACAGAUGUAAUUCCCUGAAUUUGUGGAGUACACAAUUCUCAGUUGUGUAGGGAUAUGGUGUGGAAGGCAUACUAUGUAAUAUCUUUGAAGUGUGAUGUACUUGGAAAUGCAGUGGAGGGAAGAAUUCCUACAGAGGGUUAUGAAGUAGAAAUAAUGUAAAACUGUAUGUGUUUUCAACUUUGAUCUUUUAUGAAUGUGUGUGACUGAGAUGAUAAAAUCCAAAUUUAUCUUCUUCAUCAAUUUCAUUGGAAGUGGGAAUUGGAGUAAGAAAUGCUCUAUUCAAAACCAGAGCCCAGCCUGAAUUCCACAACAUUAAUUUGUUCUCUUAUGAGGAAAAUUAUCGCCACUGCACAUUUUCAGGAGGGUUAUGAAAAGCAAACAAAAGGGAAAAAUAACUUUCCACAAUAAAUCAUGAGCAGGCAGCCUAGAGCGUCGUUUCCGUGUUGAUACAUAGAAAACCAGACCUUAUUGGCUGGUUGUGAGAUUGCUUAGAUAAAAUGUCACUAAUUGUUAGGGCUUGAAACAGAGCCAGAUAAAAUCAACAGGAACAUUUUGUCUCCAGAGGAUUUGGAGUAGCAUAGGUGGGAAAUAUCCCUCUGCAUUUUAUCUAAAAGCCUAUGCUGUUUU